GUUAACACCAUUAACUCAAUUAACUCACUGCCCAUUCAAAUCACCUCCCACUCCCCCCGAGGACUCGAUGUUUACAGAAUUGUUGUCACUCGCUUUUUGCCCAUCACCCUUUUGCCAUGCUCUUCGAUGCAGAACAAGAGAGCACUUACGGCGCCAAAAUCGACUUUUUUUCCUCCUCAUCGGGCAGCGCUUUUUCCACCCAGCAUACACAACCCAUUUGCCAUAUAUAAAGUCCAUCCGGACACGGCGGACACUUCUAGUGCGUCAAUCAAUCAGCUCACACACUAGGAGAUAGUGAGCUAAAAAGACAUUCGCGUGUGUGACUUUGAACCAAAUCCUUGUUCUACUUUCACUCUGCAGGACUUUCACUGAUUGUUGUGAGUGCACAAUGGCCAACCGUGCGGGAUGUGUGGUUGCUUUUCUUGUGAUUUUCCUGAAUUUCUGUGUGUGUGAACCAUUUGAAUUUCCCAGCGAUAAUCAGGAUCCAGGUCAAAAUCCUGGUGGGCCUAUUGAUCUCGGUCGCAGUGGCAAUGACUUGGAUCCUGUGAAUUUUGAAGCGAGGCAAGGACCUUUCCCAGGACCACUUCCUACAAUUGGUCCAACUUUCCCUCCUGGUGGAAAUCUUCCACCUGGCGGAGGUCUUCCACCUGGUGGAAAUCUACCACCCGGCGGCAAUCUACCCCCCGGCGGCAAUCUACCUCCUGGUGGAAAUCUACCUCCUGGAGGAGGUGGACAGCAACCUUUCCCCACUCUUCCUCCCACAUUCCCCCAAACACAAUUCCCUGGUUUCCCUCAGACUCCAUUCACGAAUUUCCCUCAAACGCUUUUCCCUCAGACGCAGUUCCCACAAACUUUUCCCACAUUGCCUCCGGGCAAUUUCCCUGGAAAUCCCUUUCCACCCCCGGGAGGGAGGACCUGUGUUUGUGUCCCCACGGGGCAGUGUCGUACCACUGGAAGCGUGGACGGGACAGGAGUAAUUGAUAUUAGAAUUGUGACAAAUACUGGCGGCGGUGGUGGUGGUGGAGGAGGAGGAGGAGGAUCCCUGCCCAAUGGAGGAUCAGAUAUUGUUACAAAUAUCGUUUCGCCAACAAACUGUGGGCCAGGGCUUCAGCUCUGUUGCGACAAUGGCCCAUAUCAGUGUGGUAUUCGAUAUCCUCCAGUUGCUGGAAGUCCUCCUGUGGGUCCAGGACAGGCUCCCUACGGUGCCUACCCGUGGCAGGCCGUACUUCUCUCCCCUGGGAAUGUCUAUGCUGGCUCGGGGGUGCUCAUUGACAAUCGGCACAUCCUCACAGCUGCCCACAGGGUUGUUAACUUUUCGACUCCAGCAUUGAUUCUCGUGAGACUUGGGGAAUGGGAUGCUGCAUCCACGAGUGAACCUUUCCCGGUGCAAGAGUUCAGUGUGGCGCAGAUGUUCGUCCAUCCGGCCUUUUCACCGAGAAAUCUGCAGAAUGACGUAGCUAUUCUACGUCUAUCGACUCCUGUGAAUUUGGGAUCGUCACCAGCAAUCACAACAGGAUGCCUGACAAAUACGCAAUUUGAUGGGCAACGUUGUUGGGUUUCCGGAUGGGGACGCAAUGAUUUCAUCGGUGGGCAGUAUCAGGCAAUUCAGAAGCAGGUGGACGUACCCGUGGUGCCCAAUGCUCAGUGCCAGACAAUGCUUCGCACCACACGACUGGGGCCCAACUUCAUUCUAGACGGCACGAGCUUCACGUGUGCCGGUGGAGAGCCCGGGAAGGACGCCUGCACAGGCGAUGGGGGUUCCCCUUUGAUGUGCGAAAGGAAUGGAAGAUGGUUUAUUGCGGGACUCGUCGCUUGGGGUAUAGGAUGUGCAACAGGAGGAGUCCCUGGCGUCUAUGUGGACGUAAUGAACUACAUUCCGUGGAUUCAAUCAAUUGUGAGGACUUAAUUUAUCAGGGUUUGCGUUGGAAAUGAGGUAUGACUUUUCGGAGAUUUUUGUCUCCUUCCUCAGGUGUGAGAUUUGAGAGAGGAGACAAUCAUAAAAGGAGUAAAAGGAUGAACAAGACAGAAAAAUUAAAAAAAAAAUGUAAUUUAUGAAAUUAAGAGAUCAAUGUAGAAUUUAUUGCAAAAAAUGUUUAAAAAAGACAUAAAAAUAAAUUAUUUUAGUUUUUAUCAAAA